AUGGGGCUCCGGUCCAGGACCGUCGCUAGCGGCUCCGAGGAGCAGAAGAAGACCUCCGGCGCUGCCGCUGCUCCUUCUGGAGACCUGCUGGACCAAAGCGGAGGGGCGGGAGCGGACAAGGAUGGGGCUCUGCUGCUUAUGGGCCGGGAGGACUUCAAGCGGGGCGCUCAGGGCAUCACCAUCGGGCUGCUGGCCAAAACCCCCCUGAGCUACACCCGGCCCGUGAAGAGGAAUAACAUCCGCAGGAGGAAGAUCCAGAACCUGAUCUAUGACGCGCUGGAGAGGCCGAGGGGCUGGGCGCUGCUCUACCACGCGUUCGUGUUUCUGAUCGUUCUGGGAUGCUUGAUCCUGGCCAUUCUGACUACAUUCAGGGAACACGAGAAGGAUUCUGCACACUGGCUGGUUAUACUGGAAACCUUUGCCAUCUUCAUAUUCGGAGCAGAGUUUGCACUGAGAAUCUGGGCGGCUGGCUGCUGCUGUCGCUACAAAGGAUGGAGAGGGAGGCUGAAGUUCGCCCGCAAGCCACUGUGCAUCCUGGACAUCUUCGUGCUGAUCGCCUCGGUGCCGGUGGUGGCGGUGCGUAAUCAGGGCAACGUCUUGGCCACGUCCCUCCGCAGCUUGCGCUUCCUGCAGAUCCUGCGGAUGCUACGCAUGGACCGGAGAGGAGGCACGUGGAAACUCCUGGGCUCUGCCAUCUACGCACACAGUAAGGAGCUGAUCACGGCCUGGUAUAUCGGCUUCCUGUCUCUGAUCUUGGCAUCUUUCCUGGUCUACUUGGUGGAGAAGGACGACGGCUCGGUCAAUGUCUCUGACCAGGAAAACCCCACGGUGCAGACCCAGCAGCAGGACUUUGACACGUAUGCCGACGCGCUGUGGUGGGGGCUGAUCACGCUGACCACCAUCGGUUACGGGGACAAAACCCCGAAGACCUGGGCUGGAAGACUGUUAGCCGGCACUUUUGCUCUGAUCGGAGUCUCCUUCUUUGCUUUACCUGCUGGGAUUCUGGGUUCCGGCUUGGCUCUGAAGGUCCAGGAGCAGCACAGACAGAAGCACUUUGAGAAGCGGCGACACCCGGCAGCCGGUCUUAUCCAGUCUGCCUGGCGGUAUUAUUCCACCAAUCCAAUCAGGGAAGAUCUUAUUGCCACGUGGAGAUUUUAUGAAACAAUCAUCUCUCUUCCCUGUUUCAGGAAGGACACCUUGGAGGCAAUGGUGAGUCAGAAAGUCAGUUUGCUGGAGCGGGUUCGCCAGUCCAACGCGAGGCCGUCAGUGGUGAUGGCCAAGAGGCCGAUGGUUAACGCCGAAUGCAUCGAGGAGAGUCCGUCCAAGGAGCCCAAACCGGCCGGCUUCAGUAACCGCGAACGCUUCCGCACCGCCUUCCGCAUGAAGGCUUACACCCUGCGCCAGAGCUCUGAGGAUGCUGGAGCUCUUGCAGACCCAGUCUUAGAGGACCGGGGCUUCCCUCCAGAGAUCCUCCUGGAGGAGAUGAUCCCGACACUGAAACUGGUCAUCAGGGCAGUCAGGAUCAUGCAAUUUCUCUUGAACAAGAAGAGGUUUAAGGAAACUCUGAGGCCUUACGAUGUCAAAGAUGUGAUCGAGCAGUACUCUGCUGGACAUCUAGACAUGCUCUGCAGAAUUAAAUACCUCCAGACAAGGAUCGACAUGAUUCUUGCCCCUGGACCUCCCCUCACCCCCAAAAGCAAGAAGCCCCAGAAAACGCCCUUUAACUACCCAUCUAGUCAGUCACCCAGGCAUGAGUCCUACUUAGCCAAAGCCACGUCCAUGCCAGAUACUGAAGACCAAAGCAUGAUGGGUAGAUUUGUCAGGGUGGAAAGACAGGUGGAGGACAUGGAGAAGAAGCUGGACUUCCUGGUGGACAUGCACAUCCAGCACACCGAGCACCUGCAGGUGGACUCGGCCGGCGACGCCCGGAUGACCCUGGAGGCCUGCCACCCGACCGCCAACGGUGAGAUCCGGCGGGUUUUCCUCAACUACUCCGAGGUGUUCCCACAGAUGUCCUACCAGGUGCCCGUGAGCAAAGGGAAUCCAACCUGCAGCAGGGGGCGGGGCGGCAGGCCGGGGCUCAGGAUGGCGGGGGCAGCCGACCCGCCAGCAGCCAUCCCCACGUACACAGAGCGCCCGACCGUGUUGCCCAUCAGCUCCCUGCAGGACCUGUCGGCGGGGCCGGGCAGGACCACAGGGGGGCGGGGGGCCGACUCGCCGCUCUCGCUGCUGUCGGUGAACCACGAGGAGCUGGAGCGCUCGCCCAGCGGCUUCAGCAUCUCCGGGGAGCGGGAGGGCGAGGCCGGGUUCGAUCUGUCCAUGGGGGCCGCCGUGGCGUCCGGGGAGAACAACUGGACGAGACCCAGGCCGAGCUACUUGGCCGAGGGGGAAACGGACACGGACACGGACCCCUUCACGCCAAGCGGGGGGGCCCUGCCUCUCUCCUCCACCGGGGAGGGGUUCGGGGACGCCGAGUGGAACACGCCGCCCUGAAACACAUCGGUCGCCGCAACUCUGAGACCUUAAAUCCAACCCAUGCCUCUAAGCCCAAACCCAGCGGGCCAAAGCCACGCCUUUGGGCUGAAGCUUUGGGACGACGGUGCGUCUUAUCCGCCUCGAUGCUGCACGUUCUAAACGAACGGUCAUCGACCAUUAGACCACCACCAGGCAGAGCCAUGGCAAUGGGUCCUCCUCAAGAACAAAACAAACAAAAAAGGUAAAAUAGACGGUUUGUAAAGAAAAAGACUCUGUACAGCGCACUCUUCACAAAAAAAAAAAA